AACAUUAGUCAUUGCUUAUCAACCUGUUUUAUACUGUUUACUGUAUUUUUUCCAGUUAGUUUGUCUGAUGUGAAAAAAUCAAAGGACCCGGAAAGAAGAUGAUGGCCACUGGACAUUCGGAAGCCAUCCAGAAGCAGAUUCAGCAGGACUGGGCCAACCGGGAGUACAUCGAGGUGAUCACAGUGAGCAUCAAGAAGAUCACAGACUUCCUCAACUCGUUCGACAUGUCGUGCAGAUCGCGGCUGGCAGCCCUCAACGAAAAGUUGACCACCUUGGAAAGGAGGAUCGAAUACUUGGAAGCGAGGGUCACCAAAGGCGAGACGCUCACAUAGAAUGGGAUCUCAACUUUCUGUCAGUCACUGACAGCUCAUAAACAUUCAACUAUUAUCACUGAUGAACAUAAUGCAUUUGUAGUUUGAAGCGCAUUUAUAAUAAUGUAUUUUGUGUAUAAUUUUAUUAUUAAUAUAAAACCAUAUUAAACUAUUGUUA